AGUCCCCAGAGGUAUGCUUUGUUCGCAGAAGCACAGCAACUACAGGCUAAGGCUUGAGUUUUUCAUUGACCUGGUUUUGUUCUGAAUAGAUCUUAUCUGGACCUAAAUACCCUCCAUUGUGUCACCUUCGACCUGUUGCACAACUCUUACACAACUUGGACAACUUUAUUAUGUAAGAUCUUGGAAUACCCCCCUUUAUAUGGAGUGGAACAGCCCUGUGACCUGAGGUCAAACUGACCCCAUAGAGGCUGUACGUACACUGGUACCAGGCUCAGUCCAGGUUAGACUUUAGACCUGAGUUAGUCUUCACUAGCUGACCACCUUUGCACAGUGUCAUCUCCCCCCUCUGUCAGAAUGGUACUCCCCACCUGGGCCCCGCCCGUCCUCGCCUCCAUCCUGCCCCACUUUGGUGGGUUCGGGGGCGCAAUGAUCACCUCUAAGAACGUGCGCACCUGGUACGACACGGAGAUCAAGAAACCAUGGUUCCGCCCCCCGAACUGGCUCUUCGCACCUGUCUGGACCGCGCUGUAUACUGCCAUGGGAUAUGCGUCGUACCUGGUUUGGGAGUCGUGUGACGGGUUCAACGACCGCUCGCUGGUCCCACUGGGGCUGUACGGAACACAGCUGGCGCUGAACUGGGCAUGGACGCCCAUCUUCUUCGGCUGGCACAAACUCGGACUGGCCACGAUAGAGAUUGGUUGCACCUGGCUGGCCAUUGUGGGCUGCAUCGUGACCUUUCACCCCGUGAGUAAGACGGCGAGCUACCUGAUGCUGCCGUACCUCGGCUGGGUGUCCUUCGCCUCGUGUCUGACCUUCUGGAUCUGGCGCAACAACCCCGGCAAGAAGGGAGACUAGACGGCGCCCCGCAAAAACUUCAUGACUUUGGAAAUUGUUGGAAAAUGCCCUAAGCCAUCCCAGAACUGCCCUGAAACCAUCCCAAAACUGCCAUAAAAUCCCAAAUCUGCCACAACCAUCCCAAAACUGCCCAAAACCAGCCCAAAACUGCCCCAAAACUGCUGAAACCAGCCUUAAACUGCCCAAUACCAUCCCAACAACCCUGGCCCCAAAACCUGGACCAUCUGAGAACAGAUUCGAAACAUGGAUAUAGGAGAAUUCUUUGACACAACCAGUUUGUGCUUACUUUGCUCACGUUUCGAUGUCUCUCAGACACCAUCCUCAGAGCUUCAGACUUGUGUUCUGCAUCUCACUGCUAUAUGUAGCUAUUGUGGCAAGAACACAAUCCCAACCAUAGCUAAGUUCUCGCCGCAAAAGCAACACCUACAUCGGCUACAUAUAGCGGUGAGAAGUAGAAGUCUAGUCAUAAGCUCUGAUGAAGGUGACUGAGAGACACCGAAAUCUCAGCAAAGUUAGUAGAAACUGGUGGUGUGGAAGAAUUCUCCUAUAAUCUAUAUAUUCUGACAACCUGACAAAAUAAUUUUUGGAAGACUGGAACCAUCUCCAAACAAGAUUGGCAGACCUUAGAGCAGGGUAAUUAAUGGGAUAAGGCAGGAAGGAUAAGUUAAACUGCCAUGAUUAUAGUCAAAGCUGGUGAGAGAAUGCCGUAACUUUGUGUCCUGCUAAAUGUUUAGUAUUUUAACAGCUUAGACUUUUCUUAGUCUAGAACAAGGGACCAAUCUUAGAGAUGAAAACUUGUGAGCAUGUGGCAAUUAUAGUACAGGAGGCUUAAUGAAAAUAAGCAGAUAAACACUUUGAGCUAAAAUUACAGAUUUAAUCAAUAAAUGUCAGAGCUUAACUUACGUGUAUAUCAAUUGCCUACCAACAGUUGAAUAAGGAUGCUACAGUUAAACUAUAGUUUGCAGCUAUGUGUUAAAUUGUUUAACAUCAUGUUUGUGUCAUAGUUACCUUUCUGAGCAUGGUCUUAAAAUGGUAGAUGUUUAUGUUUUUUGUGUUAAGUCAUUUGUUCAAUAUUUCUGGUCACUAUUAGAUCAUAAGUCUUUUUGCAUGAAGUUGCAAAAAAAAAUUCUCAAAACGAAGGUAACUUUGUUUUUUUUUGGUGGGGGGAGUUUUCUUCUUUUUAUUUGUGCACUUGCAUUACUUUUUGGAUACCGAUGUCAUCUGUAAAAUCAACUUCAGUGUGGCUUAAAGUAAUGCUUGAGAACAAGAAGGUAAUACAGAAGUCUUGAGAGGAUAUAUCAAAAUUGUUGAUCUAACAAGAGUUUUGUGUUGUUGCUGUUUACUUGCACAGUUGAUUUCCAGUUUGUAUUCUAACUCAUUAAAAUUAAGGGACUGAAGAAAACAAA